GCCAUUUCUUUUCUUACUUUUCAGGUAAUCAGAAGCAGGAUCUACAGAACUCUUCAAUCAUGGCCUUGUUCAAUGUGCGACACCUAACUUUAGGACUUCAUCGAAACUUAAGGUGCUCCACAAAGCUUCUCCCUUUAAAACAUGAGAGGUCUUUCACUUCCAGCCAGAAGGUACAUGUUGAUGACGCUGCUAGUUCUGGAACCCUUCCACAAUCAGAAAGAACUGCAGGUGCUGGUCAGAGUUUGUUUUUGGAGCUUAGCUCACUUGGAUCAGUUGAAACUGCUCUUGAAGCUAUAAACCAGAGAGAAUUUUCAGGAAAUGAAGCAUCAAUAGCCGUUAGAGCUCUGCGUCACAUCCAAAAGAAUGAUUCUUCUAAUCCAGACAUUGCAACAGAUCAACGGUUUAACAAUUUGGCAGCUUCUAUCAUAGAGGGAAUUAAGAAUUUAAGCAAUGAAAGCCUCACAAGUACUCUUGCAAAUGCAUUUCAUGUGAACAGUAGCAAUGAUGAAUUCAUUCUUGCUUUAGAAGGUGAAUGCAGACGAAGAUUGAGACUUCUUCCUAUUCGAUCAGUUGCAACCAUUGUGUGCAAUGACCAGUUAUUAUCAAAAAGAAUGGAAACCAAAGCACUUGUGAUCGAAGCGGCACGUGUCCUUGAGCUCCGCUGGAGGGAGUUACAGAAUCCUCAACUUGUGCGACGGUUGUUGCCAUCUGCGGCUAGAGUGUCAGAACCCCUACUAGAGCGUGUAGAAGACAAGACUUUAGAGAUGCUCAGCCAAUUUACUUUUCAGGACAUCACAGCCUUGAUGAAGUCAAUGGUGGCUACAAAAACAAGAUCACUUCCAAUCUUGCGGGCUAUAUCUUACCAGUUGCUUGAGCAGCGUUCACAGUGGGAAAUUCCUGCCAUGAUAGAUAUCAUGAGUGCAAUGGGCAAUUUAGGCUUCCAUAAUCCAGCACUUGUCAGUGAAUUUGCAGUGCAUAUACAGCAGAGACUUGAUGAAUGCUCCCUCAGCCUCUUGUGUGACAUUGCAAAGACGUAUGCUGUGCUGCGUAUCCAAGCAACCAGUCUGUUGGAUUCCAUCCACAAUGUUGCAGCAGCUGCAUUGGAGGAGCUUACGAUUCUGGACCUGAAGAGGCUCUUGUUCGCAUAUAGUCAAUUUUCUUAUCAGCCACCAGAUCCAAGCACAUUCUAUGCUGAAGUAGGAAAUAAAUUAGAUGCAAAGUUUGAUGAAUAUUCUGUGAAAGAUCAGAUAGAUGUGGCCCACUCUCUGACAGUGCUGAAGCAAGUGCCUCAUAAGAGUGUAGCAAGAAUUGUUAAGCAUGUUGAGGAGAGUCAGGAUGAUCCUCUGCAAGUCACUCAUAUACUGAAGCUACUACAGAUCAAUGCUUAUUCCCAGCUGGAUUUCCCUCAAUAUGAAGGCCCCUACCUGACUCCAGAAAUGAAAUCCUUCCCAGAAGACCACAAAUUGUACACGUCAACAUUACACAGAUCCUUGUUUAAAGUGCUACGAGCUUCACUUGGAGAUGACUUGACCAUGGUAGAAAAUGUCAAAAGUGACCUUGGUUAUAUCAUAGAUGCAGAAAUUUCCAGCAAAUUGAAAGGAAAUGGUAAAAAGUUGGCAAUUGUCACAUUCAGCCCUCCUUCAUACCUCUAUUCAACGAGACAGUUGGUAGGACGUCUGGAAAUGAUGCUCGGUCACCUUGAACUAGCCGGAUACCAAGUAUUGCAGAUUUCAUACCAUGAUUGGUACCCUCUCCGGACACCAGUGCAACAAGUCAAUUUCCUCAAAGACAAGCUAAAAGAAAUACUGGAAUGAAGGAAACUAGUCAUGAAAUACUCAAAAAUGAUAAUUCAUUUAAUGAGCCAGUGUGAAUUAAUGUGCUCCUGUACUUGUCAUUAACAUUGUCUCGGGCGAUCUCAAUUAUCUUGAAAUAUUGCAUUAGACAGAGGUAGAAAUACCUCAGCUCUGUGUCUAAUAUAACAAGUUGGUUUUUUUUAUACCUCCACUCACCUUAUUACAGAUCUGUUACAGGUGUUUAUGUUUCCAGGUCAUCCGAUUCAUUCAUCUGUCCUGUAAAUUUAAAUCAUUUGACAGAACUUCAAACUAAUGUCAUUUACGCAUAAGGGAGUGAUGACAAUCUAGUUAGUUUGGGGAGUUCUAAAGUCACAUAGGUCAUUAUAUACUGCGCCUGAAACUGCCUUGAUCUGACAAUGACUUGAGAACUAUUUGAAGGACCAAUUCAACCUGGGCUCUUGUAUACAAAUAGGAGUAUCCAUUGUCUUGACUUGUUCAAAGGAAUUUAAAGUCAAAAGUCACAGGUCACAGAUGUCAUACACUUGAAGGUGGCUGAUUUUCGUGAUAAUCUUACAAGUAUUGGAUGGAUAAACUUCAUAUUUGGCUCAUAUAUCCAUAUGAAGUCAGGACUUGGGGGGUUUUCAAGGUCAACUCAAAAGGGCUAUUUUGUGGUUGAAUGAUCAGCAUUCGAAAAUUAUAAAUGUUAAAUGUACACUAUGAUAUAUUUUAGAUCUGGCAAUGAUGACAGUGCGAAUUUGGACUGCUUGUAUUUGACAAAAAAACAUAUAGUUCCCAAUUCAUUGUACAGUUAAUCACUAUCCUCAAAUUUAAAGCUAUAAGUUGAUAGACCCAUACCUCCAUGGUGUUGUCCUGUUAAUAAGUACAGGUAAAAUUACCAGGGGUGUUUCCCUUUAAUAUGGGACACGUACAUCAAAAUGUAAAUCAAAUUGAAUGAACAAAAUGUAUGUUUAAACCUAUAUGGCCCUGGCUGUUUUGAAACUGUAUAGCGGGGGCAAGUUGCUCCCUCCCCCAGAUCUUGGCUGUUGAUACUGAGAUUGCGACGAAAAUCAAUCUAUAUCAUCUGCAACGCAAUGUCAAAAAUUUAUAGUUCCAUGUCAUUGUACCAAAAUUAGUCAAACUAAUUUUAAUUAAAAUGUUUGUGCUAAUUAAUGCAAUAAAAUCAGAAAUAGAAUACUAAUUGGAUAAAUAAACCUCCAAGACUGCUAUAUUUUAUUCGUUACUCUCAUGAUUUUUAUCAAAUGUACGUUGAAAAAAGAGAAAAACCUGAAAUCGAUUGCUCGUAACCAAUAAAAGUAAUCAAUACAUUCAUGAA